AGGCGGGGCUAUGACGUGACCCGGAAGCGGAAAUGCUGCUGUUCUGCCCAGCCUGCGGGAACGUGCUGGUGGCCGAGGAAGGCGCGAGAUGCCACCGCUUCGCCUGCACCACGUGUCCCUACGUGCGCAAUGUCACGCGCAAGGUGAGCAGCCGGAAGUACCCGAAGCUGAAGGAGGUGGACGACGUGCUGGGCGGCGCUGCGGCGUGGGAGAACGUGGACUCCACGGCAGAGCCGUGUCCCAAGUGUGAGCAUCCGCGUGCUUACUUCAUGCAGAUUCAGACCAGAUCAGCUGAUGAGCCUAUGACCACCUUCUAUAAGUGUUGCAAUGCCCAGUGCGGCCACAGGUGGAGGGACUAAUUUUUGCUUCAGAUUUAAUUUCUUCAGUAUCAUUUUUGCUGUUUGUUUGAAAAUUCUCCAGCUGGAUUCUAUGAAAGAUGGUAACAUGGAAAUAAGUGUCUCUGGUUCCAGCUGUUGCAUAAAGUUAAAUUAACACUGGUUGCUGCUCGUGCAGGCAUUCACCAUAAUCUGAUGGUCCAGGGGCUGAAUGUUAUGCGUACACUGCACAUUUUCCUGAUAGCAAACAUUGUUAGAACAAAGAACUGUCUCUGUUUAGAGAUUAUAUGCAAAAAACUAUUUAUUCAGCCGUUCCCACUGCAACGCUGCUCUUUUAUAGGGAUGCAUUAAGUUACAAUGAUUAAGUAAUCAUUUAUUACUAACCACAGCUGUGAUCUAAGAUUGCAAGCUAAGAAAUGGCAGGAAUGGUCGGUAUAUAGAUGGGAAACAGACAAAUAAAAUGUUUAAGUCGUACUAUUGCUUCAGUGGGUGAUGCUUCCCCUGGAUCAGUACUGAACUCACAGGACUGGGGCCCUGUUGUACUAUGCUCUCUACAGAAACCUGACAAAGACUGUCCCCUUGCCCUAGAUUGCUUCUGAAUGAAAGGAAAAAAAAAAAGACAGAUGAAAGAUGAGGGGAAAGAGAUGCAGCAUACAAGGAGCACGAUCAGAGUGAUGGAGAGGAAUUGUCAUUUUAGUUUUGUCUUUCAAUAUUUAACUCCUGUCCCUGGAUGGUAUGAGGCCAGUGUGUGAGUGGAGGUGGCUUCUGUCUCAUAAGACCUAAAACCAGGGACCUGACUGCUGGACACUAAGGAUACCACAGUGCUUUUUUCAGACUUAUUUAAAACACAGGCCUUGUCUAUGUUCAAAGUUGCACUGAUUUAACUAACGGUGUGUUUAAAAA